AUGGGAAGGAGGAUAUUGAACGAUGCGCUAAGGACAAUUGUUAAUGCGGAAAAGAGGGGAAAGGCCACCGCGAACUUGCAGCCCGUCUCCAACGUGAUGGCGGAGUUUCUCAGGGUGAUGAAAAAUCGAGGUAUAUGAACGUGCUCUCUCUCUCUCUCUCUCUCUACUGGGCUUCGAUCAUAUGGGGUAGAUGAUGGAUCACGCACAGAAUCAGGGGUUCCUCCUGUCACUUGCGAGAGUAGGCCUCUGAUUCCUUGAGGAAGGAGUAGGUGGACAAGAAUGCUGCCGAUAAAAUAUUUCGAUUUCUUCCAGUAGAUGGCCGAGCUCCUUUAAUCGAUGAUCCACUGGGGGCGGUUUGGAAUAACCCAUCUCGUGAGACUCUACUCUCAUGACUCAAGAUUAUUUCAAAAGACUCAUUCGCCUUUCUUAGUAUAUCCUAGCUGGCUGUCAACUGGGAUUAACCGUCAAGAGCCAAUUGGGACAUUAAUCUCAGUAUGUGCGGAGGCAGCUUCAAAUGACUCAUCAUCGCAUACAUUUUUGGAUAAUAAAUCAUCAUCAAUCCAUAGGACUGGUUUCUUGACAUCUACAUUUAUAACUCUCUCUGCUUUAUCUUAUGUUCCUUAGCGUUGACAUCAUUUAACAGUCACACAUAUUCACAGUGAAAUAGUGCCGAGUAAUAGUUGAAUGUUUUUAGCUUGGUUUGGCGCACUUUUAUCACCUGAGUUCCUCCACAUUGACUGCUUAGAGUUCCUCUUUUUGAUCGUCUGGAGCUUCAUCAUCAUGAAAAUUGCUAGAAUAUUAAUAUUUCCAACAGAGUAUGAAUAGGAGGGCAGAAAUAAAAUCAGUUGGAAAUGACAGAGGUGCUACAUUUUUUGUGAAAAAGAGCACAAGGAUAUCAAACAAUACUACCUUCAACUACAAAAAGCAGCUGGGAGAUUCUAAGUGGAAGUUUGCUGAUCAGUUUGGUUUCGGGCAUGCCAUUUUUCCAGAUUUCAUAGCUUACUUAAAAGUUUAAUCAGUAAUGCUAUCAAAUAAGGAAUCGGCUUUAUCAGUCACUAAUGUGGUAACCAACAAUUUUCUUCAAGGUACUUUUAAUGAUAAUUUUUCGCGGGAUUAUUCUCUGAAAUCUAGUCUAUGACAUAGCGAGGUUUCACAACGAGAUAUCACCUCUAACACCAAUAUCUUGGUAUUAGUACGAGAUUUCCCUACAGAUUUUUUCAUUUUACUUCUUGGUAUUAGAAAUGUUACGGAGGGAUUUUUCUGCUGGAUUCGCUAUUGAGUGCACCGUGUACUCCUCUUGAAUGCGACCCCGUUCUAUUUCCACCUGGGGUACAUAUGUGUGACCUACUUUCUGCUGUAAUCAUAAUUUCAUGCAAACUUAUCUGUGGGAGAUAAUGUGAGACCUUUUGGGUGAGAUAUGACGCAACUCGACCUUCCUGUUUGCUAAGAAUGAUCGAGGUUUGUGCUCGUUUCUUAUGGUAGUUUACUGUAUCAUUGCCGCCGAACAAGAAUGCAGUCAUUAGGAUAAUUCAGUUCUGAGAGCUAAAUCUUCCAAGAUAUCAUGUGAUUCAAACGGAUAAGAAUAAAACUUAAUGCAGAGUUGGUUUACAUGCACUUACAUUAAUUAAAUAUUCUCCGGUAGUUUACCCUUUAAAGGAAGCUGCACCAGAUAUCAGCCUUUGUGUAUGUUUUCCACUUAGAUGUCUCUGAAACGUGUCUGGAUAUCUUGAUUCGUAAAAGUUGUGGUAUGCACGGAUGAUUGGUUCCUUGAAACAAACGUGCCUGAUGUCAAUCUGAUUGGAUCAUUAGAUCAAAGGAACCUAACAUGGUUUGCGGAAAAUCUUUCUUGGGUGAAUCCUUCUAGCCAAUUUCCGGAUAAAGGAAAAAAAAUGGGACAAUUCUGUCAUCGGGACAUUGUUUCAAGAGAUAGUUAAACACACUAUGAACGUAUUCUUUAUAGAAAUUCUGCCAUAAAGGUUAUAACACGAGCCUUGUAAUGGUCCAUGUAGAUUCUGUGAUCUUAUAGCUUAACAAUGACUGCAAGGGGUAAGAGGAAAUGCAGCUCGAUGGCGCACAUAUCUCAUACCUAAUUUUCCCCUCAUACAUGUACUGGAAUACAUUGGAUAUUUUUUCUGAUUUUCCCUUUCUUGAAAUUUUCUAAAAGAUCACACCUUUUUCGGUGAAUCCAUCUGCUGACGUUGCCCCGUGAAGUGGGUAGAUUUAUAUUUUAUUUUUAUCACAGGGGUCUGAUCUUUGCAGGUUAUGUCAAAGAUUUCCAAGUAUACGAUCCCCAUAGGGUGGGGAAGAUAACGGUGGAAUUGCAGGGGAGGAUCACCGACUGCCGUGCCCUCAUGCAUAGAAAGGAUAUCAAGGCCGCGGAGAUCCAAGAAUACACCACGCGGACCCUUCCCACCCGGCAGGUCUCCAUCCAUCCAUCGAUGAACCCCAAUUGCUCCUUUUCAUUGUCAUCCGCCAUUUGUAGUAAUUCCGUCGAAAAUGCAAUGACCCGUGUUCAUGAAUUCUUCCUCUCUAGUUCCAUGAAUGGUGACUUCAGGUGGGAAACUUGGUCAUUUCAAUACUCGCCUGGUAAUUUUUGUCCAGGGAUUUUGCCACCGGCUGUGAUAAAAAUGGCAAGUCCAGCUUCAUCAGAAGCUUGAACGAAGGCUGUUCUGAUUCAUCCAUACUCGAAUUAUCUUCUGAAAUAUAUUCGUUUUCGACAACUGCCCAAGGAAAAAAUUUAUCUACAUUUUUAAUACCCUGUUCUAAAUCUCUGUUCUUGCUGCGUCUCAUGCAGUGGGGCUACGUGGUGAUCACAACUCCCAAUGGGGUUUUGGAUCACGAGGAGGCCAUCAAGCAGAAUGUGGGUGGCCAAGUUCUGGGUUUCUUCCACUAG